GCGUAUCUACCGCAGCUAUAUACAUGCGCAGUACGGCCCGAGGUCUUUAACCAUGGCUGGUACACGAUGGCUUCUGCUACUGUACUUCAUUACUGGCGUUGUGCUUCCUGAGGUGCAGCUCUUCUCUACAAGCCCAUUGCUUUGCCAGCGAUUGAUUUCAUUCAUACCUAGGUUUCAUGCCAGACAGUGCACUUUUCCAUGCCGGCUUCUCUCCGAUGAUGUUCACUUCCUUGGCAGAUCUCCAAUAAUAUUUCAAACGGAGCAGGACUGGACGCCUUGCACUGCCUCAAGUGAAUUCACUGGCGAGCACCAGGUCGGUCACUGCAUUAGUGGUAUAUGCAUGCCACUACAAGCUCAUCCUGCACAGAAGCGGCGGAAGCGGUCGGUGUUACUCACUAUGGCAGCAAUUCGUGCGGGAAAAAGGCUUAUAACCAAGCUUGCCAAUCGUGGACCAUAGAUGGACUUAAAGACAGGCACUCUUAAUGGCAGUAAAAGUUUUAAAAACUAAUUAGCAAAUUAGUUGAAAAAUUACAAAUAGGUUAGCACAGCACAGAAGGUGGGUAUAGCUUAUACAGGGAACGAGAUUUGAUCCAGGAAUAAGCAGAAUUUUGUGUACAAACUGCAAAAACGCCGUAAAUGAGUAAGAUAACUUCCGCACAGAAGGGCUGGCGUUCAUUCAGAAACAAUAUCUAGUCAGGGACAGCAUCAGACAGAGAGAUGUCGGAUCCAACGAAACUGUGCUUGAAUUUAUUCUUUGACAUUAGGUGUAGAAAGUGGCUAAGUUCUUUGAGAGCAUAACAGGGACAAAACAAAUAAACAACAACAGUGACUUUAAUGGAGGUGGACUAAGGGAAUAUUUCUCAUAGCAAGGAAGGCCUCACAAUAAAACUGUUAGAACGCUUCUCUGCA